GUCCACGGCCUUGCAAAGGGAUGCUCCGCUCCGCUCCCGCCGGGUGGCGCAGCUGCCGUGGCUCGUCCGCUCUCUCGGACAGCCCUGUGGCCCCGUUUCAAAUGUCAUCGCCGUUGGCCAAUCUGCAACCGUCAACUUCGCAUCUCACCCCAAUUCUCCUCCCAUCCUCUGCGCCUUUGCCAGCUACGCUACAACACGAAUGAGCCCCUCGACAGACUCUCCUCUACCUGAAUUCCACCUCCUCCUCGACGCCCCCCCUCCCUCUCCCUCGUAGUCCCGCGCCAUUCCGCCGAGUCAGCAUUCUACAUACAUAAUACACAGCUAUCAUGCCUGCUGACGACUACGACGCCCGCGCCCUCGCCCUACCCAUCGAUGAACCUCCGCCCAGUCCUGCCUGGACGCGGAGAUCUGCCUCUUUCCGCCGAAAUGACUCUCCAUACUCAGUGUCGACGCGGCCGCCAACCUUCCUGGCCAAAGUCCGGAAGAACGGCGAGAAGCUACACCGACGGGCCAUGCAGUCCUAUAACAAGCUAUCACCAGUGCAACGCGUGCUAGUCUCCGUUAGCGGUGUCGUGGCAAUUGUGCUCGGUAUCCUGUUCCUCGUAUACAAUGAACGUAUCUUUGGCGUGCUUGCGCCGUGGGCGAAGAAAUGGCGGAAUGUACGCGCCGGCUGGCUCAUUCUUUGGAGUAUGAUAUUUGUUGUAUCGUUCCCGCCGCUCAUAGGUUACUCCUCGCUAUUAACCAUUGCUGGUUUCGUAUAUGGGUUUCCGAAUGGAUGGUUCAUCGCAGCGAGCGCUACUAUCGUCGGCAGCACAGUAUCCUUCAUCCUCUCCCGGAGCCUACUAAAGGAUUGGGUCCACCGUCUCAUCGCAAACGACAAGCGAUUCGCUGCCCUCGCUCUAACACUGAAGCACGACGGACUUAAGCUCCUGAUUAUGAUCCGGUUAUGUCCGCUCCCCUACUCCCUCUCCAAUGGCGCCAUCGCGACCUUCCCAACCGUCCACUGGGCCUCCUUCGCCGCCGCCACGACUAUCGUCAGCCCAAAGCUCAUGCUCCACAUCUUUAUCGGUGCCCAGCUCGACAAAAUCGCGGAGAGCGGCGGCAAGAUGGAGCCGAAAACGAAAGCAAUUAGCUACAUCAGCAUCCUCAUCGGUGCUGUAGCAGGCAUUGUGACGGGUUGGUUCAUGUAUAGCAAAACAAAGCAGCGUGCCGCUGAGCUUGAAGCUGAAGAACGCGCGGGCGUGAGAAGAGCCUCGAUUGAAGAUCUUGAGAACGAAUACGCAGAUGAUCCAGAUGCGCUGGAGGCUGCUGAGAUAUUACGGGAAGAGGAUGAUGAUAUUAGUCUGAGACCUGCGGAGUAUCACGACGACCUUAGCGACACCGAUCCAGAUGACGAUCCGGAUGAUGUAUUUAUGAGGGGUCACGAAGACGAAGAGGAGGCCGUGGUGGGCAGGAAGUGAGCGAGUUUGCUCUUGGAUUUCAAGGCAUUCUGGCUUGUACCAAGAAAGAGAUGAGUAUCCGCAGGUGGAAGGCCGGCGUUCCGGAAGCAGCAUUUGACAAUUUAUUAUAGAAUCAGCAGGGCGGCAUUUUGGUCGUAUUCACAGCAGCAGAUUUAAGAUGGUGCAUCACAGACGUCGCAACGUGAAUCUGGCCUUUUUUCAUCAAUACUUCUUAGAGCCUUGAAAUCGGCCCUCUUUCAACAUGAAGCCAU